UUGUUUACGGCCACUCGCCCGGUAGUGUCAGUGGUUAGUGCAUGUACGUGAACUGUGCGCUGGCGCCUUUGAUAAAGUGGUUAACAAAAAAUAAGCUACAUGUGACCGAGGUCAAGCAGUGAUAAUAGACGUAAACAAUACAUUAGUUUAGAAAGUUUUAAUUACCACAGCCACAAUGAUUUUAACAAGUAUAACAUUCUGCUGUCUGAUGAUUGCUGUUCAGUCACAAGACAUUCCAUUCUUUGGAAAUUUCUUUAAUCCAAACGGAAUAUACUUUUCCGAUAAUUUCCCCUCCAUAGUUCCACUUUCAGUAGGUCGUGGUGGGAUAGACGAUGACGCAUUGCGAAGAGUAUUUGGCAAUGAACCACAGAGGCAGAAAAAGCCAACAACCACAGUGGAGAUAGAAAAGAGUACUGAGAUAGCGUCUGGUACAAGCGUUGAACAAGUCAAUAAUUUUGGUAAACCGAAUAUAGUAAAUAGACAAAUAUCAACCCCAACAAUACCCAGUAGACAGACAGCUCAGCAGCUUGCCCAGGAUAGACGAGAUGUGCCCCAACUCACACCAAACAGACAAGUGUUGGAUAGACAGCCACAGUACAAUGUACCGCAAAGCAGACCAAGAAUACCACAGGAGAGACCAGAGAUCUCCCUCGGAAGACCUACAGUAGCGAUACCACAAUCGGAAUUAAACAGACCUGCGAUACAACAGAUAUAUUUGGGUGUACCAAAUUCGUUACAAACACAGAGGGAUCGACCGUCUGUUCCGGAGAUAUCUCUAAGUAGACCAUCAGUGGCUGUGCCUCAAAGUGAACUUCAAAGACCUGUGCAGCCAAGUUCUUCCAAUUUCAACUCCCCUGCUCAAUCUAUGGAUUACAAUUUAUUGUAUUCAGUGACUAACUUCGGAGUUAAUUUGCUGAAGAACAUUGGUACAGUGCACUCUGGUAAUGCAGUAGUGUCUCCAUUUUCAAUCACUUCGCUCCUGGCUCUAUUGCAACAAGGAGCCUAUGGAGAAACACAGGCACAGAUAACAAACGCACUACGGAUGUCGCCACAGAGUACUGCUUCUUCUUACGCUAGCGUUACUGGAGAUAUAAGAAAUCGUAGUUCUCGUAACGUUCUGAAAAUAGCAAACAGUGUGUUCAUAGCUGAUGGUUUUGCUGUGAAUAGAGACUUCAGGAACCGAGCGAUGCAGGGCUUCUUCAGUGAUGUCUCUACUCUAAGCUAUAACAGGCCUGAGGAAGCAGCUCGGCAGAUCAACACCUGGAUAGCUUCCAGAACCAAUAACAAGAUCAGCCAACUUAUUGCACCAGGUGCUCUAAGUAGCAAUACGCAAAUGGUACUUGUGAACGCUAUUUACUUCAAAGGACUGUGGGAGGUUCCGUUCAGAGUUGAAUCAACUGUGCCUCGGGAAUUCCAACUCAGUAGCGGACAAAUAAAAACGGCCCAGUUUAUGCGUACGCGCAGGAUGUUUAAGACCGGUAUGGAUCCGACUACUAAUGCUAAAGUUAUCGUGUUGCCCUUCGAGCGCGAAGAAUAUCACCUGAUGGUGAUCUUGCCAUCACAGCUGGUCGGAAUCAGGAACACGAUAGCGUCGCUGACUGAUGCCAGACUGCUUAGCUACCUCAGUUUCCCAGCACUCGACACUGAGCUAGAAUUGCCCAAAUUCACAAUCAGAGCUGACACAGAUUUGAAAGUUAUCUUGCAAAGCAUGGGCGUAACAACACUGUUCAGCCGAUUUAGCGAGUUGGCCGGUAUUGGAUCAUUCCAAACUCAUUCACCGCAGAUAUCGUCAGCGUUGCAUUCCGCCAUACUGUCUAUUGAUGAGCAGGGAGGCUCUGCAGCAGCCGCGACAGCAUUCGCAGCCGUCGCGUUAUCUUAUGACGAUCCUUCUGUAGAAUUCAAGGUCAACCGACCCUUCAUAGCAGUACUAUGGGACAACAAGAGCGACCUACCCCUAUUCAUGGCGAAAAUUGAAGACCCCGUAUACUAAAAGACUCGUAAUAUACUACUAUAAUACUCACUACUACAUUAGUAUUAAGUAUCGAUAAAUAAAUUAAGAAAAUGAAAACACAAAUUUUAUAAUAAUGACUAUUUAUAGAAAAACAUAAUUGUACCUAUGUAGAAUUGGAUCUAGUCUAAUUUGUUCUUAUAAAAAUAAAUUUUAAGCGUAAUAUAA